CACACCCGCUGCUUGGCAUGGAGAGUGCAUAAACCCUCGCGCCGCCGCCCCCGCCGCAGCAGCAACCGUAAAAAAACCCUAGGCUCUGACGAACCCCCACUGCAAUCGCCACCGCAACGCGAUGGCUUCGACGCAGGUCCUCAAGAAGAACUACCGCUGCGACCGCUCGCUGCAGCAGUUCUAUACGGGCAGGCCGUUCGCCGUCGGCCGCUCCCCGGGCGGCGAUGGAGAGGGCGGCGCCGAGGCGUUCCUCGCGUGCGCCUGCGGCGGGGAGGUGCGCGUGGUGUCCGCCACCGACGCCUCCGCCAUAGGGGAACCACUCGACGGCGAUUCCGAGGCGAUUACCGCGGUCGCGCUGUCCCCCGACUCCCGCCUCCUCUUCGCCGCGGGGCACAGUAGGCUUGUUAGGGUCUGGGACCUCGCGUCCCGCACUUGCAUACGCAGCUGGAAGGGACAUGAUGGUCCUAUUAUGGCCAUGGCAUGCCAUGCUUCUGGGGGUUUGCUUGCAACUGCUGGAACAGACAAGAAGGUGUGCGUAUGGGAUGUGGAUGGUGGAUUUUGCACACAUUUCUUCAGAGGUCAUACAGGUGUUGUGACAACCAUUAUGUUCCACAAAGAUCCAAAGUGCCUUCUGUUAUUUUCCGGAAGCGAAGAUGGCACCGUGCGAGUAUGGAAUCUUGAAAGAAAAAAGUGUGUUGCUGUGCUCAAAGAGCAUUUUUCAACAGUGACUUCAUUGACAUUAUCUGACGAUGGACAAACACUACUCAGUGCUGGGAGGGACAAGGUUGUUAAUGUGUGGGAUAUUCGUAAGUACAGCUCAAAGAAGACAAUACCGACAUAUGAAAUGAUAGAAGCCGUUUCCUUCAUUGGAUCAGGAAGUGAACUCUUGGCUUGUUUGGGCGUUGAACUGGCAAAUAGGAAGGGGAAAACAGAUGGUUAUUUUCUUACAGUUGGUGAACGUGGAGUCGUGCGCAUAUGGUGCUUGGAAAGUGCUCUUUGCAUAUUCGAGCAGCAAUCAUCUGAUGUAACUGUUAACUCUGAGAACGAGGAAUCCAGAAGGGGGUUUACAUCUGCUAUUAUGUUGCCAAAUGACCAAAGAAUGCUAUGUGUUACUGCUGAUCAGCAAUUUUUGUUCUAUUGUCCCUCGAGAACUGAUGAAGGGACCUUCCAACUGAACCUAUAUAGACGACUAAUAGGCUAUAAUGAUGAGAUCCUUGACUUGAAGUUUAUCGGGGAGGAGGAACAAUAUCUUGCUGUAGCUACUAACUUGGAGCAGGUCCGUGUUUAUGAUGUUGCAUCGAUGUCAUGUUCUUAUGUGUUGGCUGGCCACACUGAAAUUGUUGUUUGCCUUGACACUUGUGUCUCAGCUUCUGGGAAUACGCUUGUUGUAACUGGGAGCAAAGACAAUACUGUGAGGCUAUGGGAUACUGAAAUGAAAAAGUGUAUUGGUAUUGGUAAAGGCCAUCUGGGAGCUGUUGGUUCUGUUGCCUUCUCAAAGAAAUCAAAGAAUUUUUUUGUUAGUGGCAGCAGUGAUCGAACCAUCAAGGUAUGGAGCUGGAAUGAUACAGUUGGUGACACUGAUGAUGAAGUUUCUCUUAAAGCAAAGGCUGUUGUGGCUGCACAUGAUAAAGAUAUUAAUUCUCUGUCUGUCUCACCUAAUGAUGGCCUUGUUUGCAGUGGUUCUGAGGACCGAACUGCUUGCAUAUGGAAACUCCCUAACCUAGUGUCCUCUGUUGUCCUCAAGGGGCACAAAAGGGGCAUUUGGUCAGUUGAGUUUUCUCCUAUUGAGCAAUGUGUCAUAACAUCAUCUGGUGACAGAACAAUCAAAAUAUGGCACGUUGCUGAUGGCUCAUGCCUGAAGACAUUUGAGGGUCAUACAUCUAGUGUCCUGCGAGCUUCUUUCCUUUCGCAUGGAGCUCAAUUUGUUUCUUGCGGAAGUGAUGGUCUAGUGAAGCUAUGGACAAUUAAAACAAAUGAAUGCAUUGCUACUUAUGAUAAGCAUGAUGGAAAGGUUUGGGCAUUGACUGUUGGAAGGAAAACUGAAAUGCUUGCUACUGGUGGAACCGAUUCUGCUCUUAACCUGUGGCAUGAUUGCACCACGGAAGAUAAGCAGGAAGAUUUCCGUAAAAAGGAGGAGGAAGUUUUAAGAGCCCAGGAAUUGGAAAAUGCAGUGUCAGAUUCUGACUAUACAAAAGCAAUUCAACUUGCAUUUGAGCUUAGAAGACCACACAGGCUUCUAGAGUUAUUCUCACAACUUUGCAGGAGAGCUGAUCCAGAGGACCCAAUAGAAAAAGCCCUUCUUGGUCUUCCGAGGGAUGGCCUUCGCGUGCUUCUAGAGUACAUCCGUGAAUGGAAUACAAAGCCCAAGUUUUGUCAUGUUGCACAGUUUGUGCUUUUUCGGGUAUUGAGGAGUUUGCCUCCCACAGAUAUUCUGGAGAUAAAGGGUAUCAGUGAGCUCCUUGAGGGCCUUAUCCCGUAUUCCCAGAGGCAUUUCAGCAGAGUUGAUAGACUAGUACGAAGCACGUUUCUAUUGGACUAUACACUGACUCGAAUGUCCGUUGUAGAUCCAGAUCCGGAUAUAGAUGCAGGCACAAUUAAAGAUGAUAUAAAUGGUUCAUCAGUGGAGAAUGGUGAAAUUGCAGAGGCGGGGUCUGCUUCACCAGCAGCAGAGAAGUCAAGCAAGAAACGAAAAUCUGGCAAAUCAACCAAAAAGGGCAAGGAGAAGAAGGUGAAGAUUGCUGCGACUGGACACAGCAAUGUUUCUGUUGAGGCUUGAAUAGUUUACGAAUAACCGGUUUUCUCUUAUUCGCAUCACCAAUUUUGUUGCUGCUGUUGUAAUUGUAACUGCCGUUGCCCAACAACACGAAUCAUUCGUUCUUAGUUUCUGACAAACACUUUGCACAGAAUGCAUUCUUUGCUGAGUUCAAAGACCCUACUGCUUCAGG